AUCUCACUCUUUCUUUCACCUCUUCUCACUUCCAUAUCCCACGCUCUCCUUUUCUUUUUUCUUGCAACGGUAAGCCCUCUCAUCCCGCGAAUCCUUUUUGUUUCCUCACACAUAUACACUUUCUACCCUUUGCUUCCCCUACAUCCCUCGAUAGAAGGCUGACGAUGGUUUAUUGUAAUUUGCGUUUGAUCUGGGCCAUGUUGCCGUGGGACCUCGCCGGGUCCUACUCUAGCGGCCUUGUGCUUUAUGAAACCCCUACUUUGCUGAAGCCAUUCAUUCUAUCACUCUUCUUUUUGUUUGUCUUCUCCAUCUCAGUCCGUUGUUUCUCAGUCCUUAGUCUUAUUUCUUUUUUCUUGAUCUAUCGUGCCAUUCUCGACGCGUGGAUGUAAAAAGAAAAAAAAAAAAGAAAGACUGGGGUGGGUAAUAAUAGAGACGCGAGUGAGAUCUGCUUGCUUGUCCCGCACGCGAUUUUCGACUUUUGGAUUGUGUGAACCACAGGAUAGCUCAGGUG